AUGGAUACUGCAGAAUCCAACGAAACUCCUUAUUCAGAGGACGAAAUAAAUAACUUAAGGCAGCUCUUCGAAAUUUUCGAUAAAGACCAAACUGGGAAAAUCGACCUAUCAGAUAUGGAACAAGUCAUGGAAAAUCUUGGAAAAGAUCCUGCAGAAGCCCAAUCAAUCCUCAAAGAAAUUGACCCAGAAAACGACAACAAGGUCACUUUUGACCAGUUCUUGAAGAUGCUUGCAGAAAUGGAAAAACGGCUGAGGGCUGAUACUCCAAAAAUUCCUCCUCCUGAAUUACCAGCUGUCCAAGCAGACGCCAAAGUCUUGGAUUUUUUAAAGUAAGUACUAUUUAGCUUAUUAGAAGAAUACCGAGCAAAAUGUGAAGGAGAAGGAAACUACGCAGAAGCCAAAAAGGCUAUUCAAAAAUAUGAAGAACUGAAAAAGAAAGAAACCAUUCGACAAUUGCAAUCUGUUAGGCAAGCACAAGAACAAGAAUUGCAAGAGAUAGAAGAAGCACAAAACAGCCAAUUAUCAGAAUUCUCCAAAGCAUGGGAUGAAUACAUGGCUGAUUAUGAAGCUACUGCUUAUCUUUCCCUUGAAAAACUCAAAGAAAGGCAUAUAUUGGAAUACCAAGAAUUCAGAGCUAAAGUUAUCAAGGAAGCAGAGAAAAAAGUUAAACACUCAAAAGAGCUUUUAGAAAUGAGGAAGAAACAGCAGACCUUGGCGAGGCAAAAGUUAUAUGAAGAAGCUGAAGCAAUCAAAUUUAAAGCAGAUGAGCUUGAAGCUUGGGAAAACGCAAAAAAUGAAGCAAUUAUGAAGAAAUACAUUGAAGCUAAAGAAAAAAAGUUGAGACAAAAUCAGCAGCUGGCCUUGGCUGCACUUUUAAAAAGGAUUGAAAGGGAUAGAAAUGAGCAGAUAAAGCAUAGAGAAAUGGACUCGAAAAGACUAAUGCUGAGGAAUAAAAAUAUCAUCAAUACCAUUAUUAACAAGCAGAAUGGCGAGGCAAAGAAGACUUUGGGCCAGAUUAAAACAAUGAUGGGGAGUGAUUUCAAAAGAAUGCGAAGUGUGUCACAAAACUAG